AUGGGUGUGGAUAAGGGCAUGGUUCUGAGGGCGGAGCCGGCGGUUCUCCUGCUGCUCCUCCUCGCCCCCCCGUGCCGCCCCCACCCCGAGCCGUGUCUCCUCCUGGCUCAGACCGGACACGCGGUGCGCGUGGGAGUCCUGCUGCCGGCGCAGCGGGAGACACGCACACAUGUGCAGGUGGCACUGGACCGCAUCAGAGCCACGCUGAACCAGGACCGGGAGCGGGACCGGGACCAGGGCCAGGCCUGGGACAAGGUGAACUUCCUGCCCUACAACCUGAGCCUGGAGCUGGUGACCCGGCAGCUGGCCGCCACAGACCCGGACUCCCUGGUCCGGUGCGUGUGUGAGCGGGUGCUGGUCCAGAUGGUGUCGGCCGUGCUGGCGUUCCCGCGGAGCCGGGAAGAACUGCUGCAGCUGGACCUGCUGGCCUCGGCCCUGGAGGUCCCGGUCCUCAGCAUCAUCGAGCACGAGGAGCCGCUGCAAACACAGAGUCAGUUUCACCUGCAGAUGGUAACGGGGGUUCCUGAGUCGGCCGUGUCCAACCUGCUCUUGGCGGUUCUGCAACGGUCCGGUUGGAGGGAGGUCACUGCGGUUCUGUGUCCGGGCUGGGAGGAGGCCCACGGUCUGCUGCAACUCCUGGACAGUGUGAGUGGAGCCUCCUGGCACCUGCGGGCUCUACUGGACUUGACGCAGUUGGCCCAUGAUGACACGCAGAUCCAUGACUUCCUGUCCCGAUACUUCAAACAGAACCGGCCCCCACCGGCAGCGGUGCUUCUGUUUGGGGAGGACCCGCAGUGCGCCGCUACGGUGCUGCGCAGCGCCCAUGACCUGGGCCUGACAUCCCCUACGGUGCAGUGGGUGCUGGGCCAGCCGCUCUGCCCCGACCUGCUGCACAUCUUCGGGCUUCCGCUUGGCCUGCUGGCCUUCGGGGAGGUGCAGCGGAAACCUCUGGACUUCUACAUUAGAGAUGCCCUACAACUCAUCACCAGGGCCAUCGCUGCGGCAACCAUGGUGAAGCCGGACCUGGCUUUGAUCCAGAAGACGGUGAACUGCUACGACAAACCAAACAGACCCACAGAGCCAUCAUCAGGACGCUACCUGUCCAGGUUUCUGUUCAAUGUGUCUUUCUCUGGACUCACGGGCCCCGUCCGGGUCCACCAAAACUGGUCUUGGGUCGUGACCUGGCAGCGGUUCCACAUCUGGAGCUUGCGGCGGGAUGCACUGGGUCAGCCCACCUGGGUGACGGUUGGCAGUUGGGAAGGGGGUCAGCUGCAGGUGGAGGACCAGGGGGUGUGGCACGGACCAAAGCUCCGGCAAAGGAUGGACGAUAUGAGCAGAAGGGUCAAGGGACGCUGGAGGGUGGGUUUGCCGGUUGCAGGAAGUCGGGUCAGAGUGGUGACCCUGGUGGAACAUCCCUUCGUGUUCACACGGGAUGUGGAUGUCGACGGCAUCUGCCCCGCCGGACAGUUGUGCCUGGACGCUGGAACCAACAACUCAGAGACUCUGGAGCGGUACUUCAGGGAGGUGGCAGGGAAGAACAGCAGUUCCCUGCCUCUGGAGAACAGGAAAUGUUGCUAUGGAUACUGCAUCGACCUGCUGGAGAAGCUGGCCGAGGACCUCGGCUUCAAGUUCGACCUUUACAUCGUUGGAGAUGGAAAGUAUGGCACGUCGAAGGGGGGCCGCUGGACGGGGCUGGUGGGGGAUCUCCUGAGUGGUCUGGCAGACAUGGCCAUUACCUCAUUCAGCAUCAACUCUGCCCGCAGCCGAGUGAUUGACUUCACCUCACCUUUCUUCUCCACUAGUCUGGGCAUCCUAGUGCGUAGUAAGGACACAGCAGCCCCCAUUGGGGCCUUCAUGUGGCCCCUGCACUGGUCCAUGUGGGUGGGCAUCUUCCUGGCACUACACAUCACAGCACUCUUUCUGACCCUUUACGAGUGGAAGAGUCCAUUCGGUAUGACGCCUCACGGUCGGAACAGAGUGAGGGUGUUUUCAUACUCGUCAGCUCUCAACCUGUGCUAUGCAAUCCUGUUUGGACGCACCGUCUCCUCCAAGACACCGAAGUGCUGGACUGGCCGCUUCGUGAUGAACCUGUGGGCCAUCUUUUGCCUCUUGGUGCUGUCCAGCUACACUGCCAACCUUGCAGCUGUGAUGGUGGGCGAGAAGACGUUUGAGGAGUUAUCAGGGAUCCACGACACCAAGCUGCAGCAUCCAUGGCGGGGAUUUCGUUUUGGGACGGUGAGAGAGAGCAGCGCUGAGGACUACAUGAAGAAGAGUUUUCCAGAGAUGCAUGACUACACCAGGCGCUUCAAUGUCCCGACCACCCCUGAAGGGAUCGCCGCCCUCAAGAUGGAUCCUUCUGAGCUGGAUGCCUUCAUCAUGGAUAAAGCGCUCCUGGAUUACGAAGUCUCCAUCGACGCCGACUGUAAGCUUGCGACUGUUGGGAAGCCGUUUGCCAUUGAAGGUUACGGUAUUGGCCUACCUCAGAACUCUCCUCUGAACUCCAACAUGUCGGAGAUCAUCAGCAGAUACAAGUCAGAUGGAUUCAUGGACCUUCUGCAUGACAAGUGGUACAAGGUGGUUCCAUGUGGAAACCGAGUUUACGCCGUCACAGAGACUCUCCAGAUGGGCGUCCACCACUUCUCAGGACUUUUCAUAUUGUUGUGCUUCGGUGUGGGUGGAGCUCUUCUGACUCUAGCAGGUGAACAUGGUUUUUACCGACUCGUUUUGCCACACAUCCGCCGCCGACAAAAGCUGAAGUACUGGCUGCACACCUCACAGAAAAUCCACCGAGCUCUGAACAUGACGUGUGAAGAUGUGAAGAAGCAGAAGAGCUGUAACCUGGAGAAGACCCAGGUCCCUCUGGACCCCCAGGGGCCCCUGGAGGCCCUGGGCUCUGGAUCUUCAGACAGGAGAAACAAUGACGGCAAUAAGACCUCUGCAGAUGGCAAAGACUUCAAACGAGUGCACUUCCAACUGGAGACCCUCAACACCCGCCGACUGCUCGCUCGCAUCACGGUGUGUGAUGCUGAGGAGAAUGGGGCUAAGGCUGGGGACGGAGGGGCAGCUAAUGUGAGGACGGAACGUGACAACAACCUCUGCGAGAAUGGAGGACCUGCAAACUUGUUAUCUGGUCUUCUGUCACGCCUCCCUUCCUCGUCGUCCUCCUCCGUCUGCUCCCCUGCUGCUGAAACUACGCACCCUGCCGUACCUGCCCCCCCCCCUGCUGCCGCGGCCCCACCCUGGCCCGGAGAACUCCAGGAGCUGCAGGAACAGAUCGAAGAGAUGAGGGACAAACUGAGGGGAGCUUUGGCCAGGAGAGCUGAGAUCCAGAACAGCCUGGACAAAUCUAUAACUAUGACUGUCCCGCCCGCCCCUUUACGCACCGUCUCACCAGCAACACCCCUCCCUCCCAACACCAAGAAUGUGACCACUAUGACGGCCCCCCUGCAACACAAAGUCCUGUCCAAGGUCCGGCUGGCCAAUCAGAGAAGGUGAUGCUCUCUCAUUGGAUGUAGCCAGUUCAGCCACCAAUGACCUCAUCAGAACCUGCUUGGACAAAAACUGGAGGUCCA